CACAACCGUCAAUUCACCGGAAAGCUCCAAAUCUCGGAAUCAUGAAGUUCUCGAAGAGCCUCGGCAUCCUGGUCGAGGAGGCCUUGCCGGAAUGGCGGGACAAGUUCUUGUCCUACAAGGACCUCAAGAAGCAAUUGAAGCUGAUCUAUCCCAAAGACGGCGACAAGCCGCCGAGUAAACGGCCGAGAUUGACCGACGACGAGGCGCGCACGGACGACGAGGGCGGUGACGUGUCCAAGGAGGUCGCUGAUUUCGUGAGGUUGUUGGAGAAUGAAAUGGAGAAGUUCAAUUCGUUUUUUGAGGAGAAAGAAGAAGAGUACGUGAUUAGAUGGAAGGAGCUACAGGAUAGGGUGGCAGAAGCCAAAGAUUCAAAUGAGGAGUUGAUGAGAGUAGGGAGAGAAAUAGUUGAUUUUCAUGGAGAGAUGGUUUUGUUAGAGAACUACAGUGCACUCAACUAUACAGGACUAUUGAAGAUUCUGAAGAAACAUGACAAGCGAACUGGUGUUCUCAUUCGGUUUCCCUUUGUCCAACGGGUCAUGCAACAGCCAUUCUUCAGUACUGAGGUACUCGAUAAGCUCGUGAAGGAGUGUGAGGGGAUGCUUGAUCACGUCUUCUCCAGGAAUGACCCAUCAGGUCCAUCUGAAGCAGCCAAAGCAGAAGAACAGAGCGACUCUGAGCCUGUGACUGAAACUAGAGAAAUUGUACGGAAAGCUCCUAUAGAACUUGCAGAAAUAAAGCAAUUGGAGAGCGUGUACGGGAAGCAAACUGAAACCGCAUUGCGUGUCUUGAAGGAUAUUCGGAGUGGAAGCUCAACUGUGAGUGCAUUUUCAUUGCCCCCUUUGCAAAUAAAUGUGGUGGAGGAGGAUUCAAAGAACAUACAUGUUUUACAACAAGAAGCCAAAUGAAAAUUUGGAUGAAAGAUUACUCUUGCUAUUGAGGAUUUUAAGCUGGUAGAUAGAUACGUAUUGUAUGCUUAGGAAAAAAACUAAAGGAUGGACCCUUUGUGAUUCAUCCCCUCUGCAUUUUUCCCUAGUCAUUGUAAAUCACCAUGACUGAGUUUGCUUUUCUGAAUGUCAAAUGUGAAAA